AUGCGGUUCGAUUGGCAAAGAUUAGCUGGCAUAUCUGUCCUUUUGGUUGGCCGUUCGUCAGCGCAAGGAUGGAAUGUCAAUGUGUCCAUGUGUAACUGGGAUCAAGUUCGAGGUAAACUCCGUCAAGGUGUCCCAGUGCUGCAAUGCUCACAUGUCCCAGAUCAUUGUGGUGGAAGCGGGAACGAUGACGGGCUGCUCUACUACCUUAAUCUUGCCACAUCGUUCGAUACAACAACCUCAAACCUCACUGCGUUGUUCGGCAACCUUUCUAAAGCAGGAGGAAUCGCAAACAAUAUCGCCCCGACCUACCGCGAUGGAGUCAUGUUCGCUAACGACAACGAGUUAUAUCUUUACGGUGGCCUCCUUCGUCUCACAGACAGUCAAGACCCCCCGGCCGACAACGCCGUUCUCGGCUACGAACGAUACCAGUACGGCCCAGAACGAGAAUCCUGGCAACCAGGUUUCAUCAUCGACAAUCUCGACAGCGGCGUGACGAGAUACGCGACGAAUGGCGCCGGCGUCUCUGCACCAAGCGAGAAACUCGGGUUCUACUUCAGUGGUAUGCGCGGCAAGGACUGGGGACCUGUCUAUGCUGAUGAUGAAUCGGCCAAUGUUACAUCCGACCGUAUGAUCAAGGUGGAUAUGUCUAGUAUGCGCGAAAACAAGUGGUCCAAUCUGUCGUUACCGACAUAUGUCCCUCCGCGUGCUAAUGCGGAGCUCGUUUGGAUUCCAGUCGCUGAGUCUGGGGUCCUGGUUGCGAUUGGGGGUGUGAUUAUUCCAGCCACAAUCUUUUCGUCUGAAGGAUUGACGAGCGCGCAGCAGAAUGCGAGUAAGAGGGCAAGCCAGGGGUUUAUGGAGACAGUGUCUGUCUACGAUGUCAGCGGCGAUAAAUGGUAUCUGCAAAACACCACAGGGGACAUUCCUCCUCAGCUGACGCAGUUUUGCUCGGUUUAUGCCAGUGCAGCGGACGGAUCUUCACACAAUAUCUAUAUCUACGGCGGCUACGACGGGCUGAGCACGGAGAACACCCCGUCCGACGAUGUCUAUGUCCUCUCCCUACCCUCCUUCAGCUGGAUCAAGCUUUACAGUGGAAACAGCAUCCAUGGCCGGAGUGGUCACCGCUGUGUCAAACCGUAUCCAGACCAAAUGCUUGUCCUCGGAGGAGUGCGUCUUAACCCUACGCAUUGCCUCGACGGUGGAGUGAUCCGAGUAUUCAACCUGAAUACCGCCAGGUUCCAGAACGCCUACAACCCAAAAGUCUGGAGCGAGUACAAAGUCCCGGAUCUGGUCACUGCCGUCAUCGGGGGAGACUCCAGAGGCGGGGCCACAAAAGUAUCACCAACCUCCUGGACCAAUUCCUCUCUUGCAGAUCUGUUCAAAACCAAGUAUACCAAGACCAUCAGCACCUGGUAUCCCUACAACAGUACCACCAGCGGCUCACCCACCAUCGCCCCUGUCGCAGACAAAGGCUCCAGCUUCCCCCGCUGGGCCGGUGCCAUCAUCGGCGUUAUUCUAGGCCUCCUUCUCAUCACAGCAGCGGCCAUAUUCUGGUGUCUCCGGCGCCGUCGCAAGCUUCACGAAUCACGAUCCACAAGCGAGCAAUCAGCUCGAUCCUGGAUUCUGCGGUGGAUUCACACUGGGGGGUUGACGACUGGCGUGCCGAAGUCAGGCGACACCACGGCGUCAACGGGGCACAGUGCAUUCGCAAAUAAUUCAAAUAUCACGCCGGCGACAGCGGUGUCACCCCGAAGUGUGGAAGCAGGUGGUGAUCCCGUUUACGAGAUGCUAGGCCACACAACCACACUCCCCGUGGAACUUCCCACGCCGUACAACAAUAACCCACUCCCCAGUCCGGUUUCAACUUCCGACGUGUCGGGCACUGACUAUGUGUCUCCCGUGACGGUUAGCACGCCCAGUACAGAGGGCGAACCGAGCCCUGUUAGACCGCCGCAUCAUCGCCAUAUGUCUAGUUUAUCAACUGUGCCGACUAUAUCAAAUGUGAUGCGGGAGAAGAAUGGCCAGCGGCAGACAUAUAGGUCGGAUAGCUCGGAAGGAAGCGUUGAGCUUGACUGUCCGAGGGGUGUGGAGCUGAGUGGAAGCACUCCCCUGGGAGGGAGAUUGGAGACAACAAGAGAGGUUGAUGAGGUUGAAGGAUUGGGAAUAAAGGAAUUGCCGUAG